UCCAGUCAGUCAGAUGAGGAGAACGAGGUCCAUCCUCUUGUAUCGAAUUUACUAGGUCAAAAGUUUAUUCCGCGAACCGGUCACGUGUUCCGGUACGACAGAGACGAAAUGAUUCGCUUAUCCACGGCGCCGCUCAGCAUGCAACGUCCUGAAAUACUCUCUGUUGAUUUCAAUGGAGAUGACGGCAAAUUUUCACCGUUCAAGUGGUUGGAGCACCGGUGGGAGGUAGAAGGCAUCAAGAAUCGUGCACCGACGAAAAAGUUGCAAGACGCAUUGAAUGCAGGAGCCAUGGACGAGAACGCCGGUCUGUCACCACAACGAAGAGGGUUUUCGGGUGGUUGUCGAGCACCUGCGGAUGACAAAAGCAAAGAGGGAGUUCCAAGUAGCAGCGGAUUCGCCAAUGAAGGCGGUUGGACCGGUGUUGAGCGAGACCGUGAUCGCCUCGGAACGAAUAGCACGAAGAACUGGCGUGGUGGAUCGAAUGGCGGUGCCGACAAGUAUUCUAAUAAGAGCAGCGAUUUCAAAUUGCCUUUCCAAAGAUCCACUGGAGCGAAUGCUCGCAGUUCUGGUGGAGGUGGUGCUGGUUCGUGGCGUUCGGAAAUGAAGGAGCGUGGGCCGUCAAUGAGUGGAGGAAAAUAUUCUCAGUCCAAAAAUCAACGAGAAGAACGAAUGCCGGAAUGGGCAGAUGGAUCAACAACAAUGGACGACAUGAUCGAGUUGCGAGGUUUUGAGGAACCUGUCAAAAGAUCUCGCCCUAUAGGACCCGCACUGCCAGAAACUGAUGCCGAGUUUGCUGCAAUAUUAGGUUUGCUUGAUGUGCAAGAUGAUAGCUGUAUGUCCGGCAUCCUUGACAAGGUGAGCGCCGUUACUGAGGACACCUCUUCGUCUGCAACGACUACUGGCAGUCGCUUGAGCCGCUUCUUCAAUAAGAAUAAUUCUCAGUCUGGUAGCAAUGCACAGAACUCUCGUACUAGCCAAGACGAUCCUCAGUCUUCUAAUCCUUUGUUGGCGGCCAAAAUUUUGCUCACUCCUUCAUCGGUGCCAAGAUCCCUCAAAAUCCUGCCACAGGGAAAUCCAUCAAUGCCACCAACUGUGGCUGGUCCGGGUGGUGUACGUGCCAUGAGAUUGGAAGAUCUGGAAAAGGCUAUUAGCUCAAAGGAUACGCGCUCUGUACCAAUAACCAAGGGCAAUCCACUGCAAGAUCCGAAUCAACAGGCGCAUCUCCUCAAUAGACUGCAAAACUUCGCAAAACAACAGGAAGAGAAUGCUCCUCUGCCAAACAGUGGUCCAAGCCCUCCAGCUCCAAAUCUUGCUCCUUCAGUGGGAGGAGUAUUUCCACCAGGUGCAACUCCAUUUCUUCCUCCAGUGCUUCCUCCUGGAGCUCCAAUUGUGCCUCCUGCUCUACUUGCUCGCAUGGCAGCAGAAAAUCCGGCGUUGGUUCAGGCCCAUAUCCAAGCGCAACUUCAUCAAGCAAUGGCUGCGCAGUUAGCAGCAAAUGGAGGUGUUGGUGUUCCUCCAGCUCAUAUGCAUGAUCAGAUACGAGCGACUCUUCUGCGCCUUCAGCAACAGCAACUCGUCGCCGCUGCAGCUGCGCAAGGAAAGCUGGGGAAAGUUCGGCCUCCGACCCAGAUGAUUCCUUCCUCAGUACAGCGUCAGAUGAAUAAGGCAAGUACUUCGCAAGCUGAAGAGGCUGUACAUCGAACUUCGAGAACUGAUCAGGACGGUAGCCCUACACACAUGGCUGAACCAGGUGGUCUUCCUAUGGCGGCGUGGCGCCCACCACCUCCAAACAGUAACAGUGCCGUACCUCCCAAUCCUCAAGCUCAAGCUCAGAUACUCAUGCAAAUGGCUCAGGUACAGCAACUUGCUCAUGCUCAACAACAAAUGCGUCUCAAGCAGCAGGCUCUUGCCAAAAUCAUGCAAUUGCAAGGUCAUCAACAAGCUGUUGCUGCAGCCACUGGGAUGCAGGUUCCUAAUGUUGCCGAACGUAAUCCACAGAAUUACACUGGCUCGUCAUCAUUUGGCGCCGCUUCUGACUUAUCCGGUCCAAUUCAAAGUCCACUGGAAAAGCUGCUUGCUGCGGCUGGCGUUCAACCAUCGCAGUUCACUGGCGGAACACAGGAAAGCAGUUCGUUCCAAAGCAGCUCUCAAAGUGUUGGGGGACCGGUAGGAGCACGCAUGCCACCGCCAUCGGUCCGUCCAAUGAGCCUCGAGGAACUGGAGCGUAAACUCACCGAACAAACUAAGUGA